AUGGAGUUCCCAGAUCUUGGAGAGCACUGUGCAAUGCCGGAAUGCAAGCAAUUAGUCUUUUGCCUUGAGCACCGCACCUUCAAGGACCACAACUGCGCUGCCUCGGCAGAGAAGAACAGAGUGGUGCCGUCGUGUCCCCUGUGUGGUGAGCUCAUCCCUGUCCGACCCGGGGAAGACGUCAACGUCAAGGUGGAUGCACACAUUAAUGCCGGCUGCCCUCCCACGGGGCUCGGCAAGGAGGGGCAGAAGCCAAAGCGGUCCAACCCAUGCUCGGCUCGUGGGUGCCGUGGUGGCGAGCUGGUGCCCAUCAUUUGUCCCUACUGCAAGAAGAACUUUUACAUCGAGCUCCUCAUGAGCAUCAAUGCCCCCGCGACCCAACUGAGGGCAGUCUCCAAGGAGAAGCUCGACAAGCAAAGGAGCGUCCUGGGUCGGAUAGAGGAUCUUCUCAAACUGCGCACCACCAACAAAACCAACGAUAAAGUCAAGCUCAUGCGGAUGCGCCAGAGAGCAAUCGGUAACGACAAGAUCCCGCCGGAGAAGAGGUACUACCUCGAGGUGGUCUUCCCGAUCGACUCGCGUGUAGAGCCGAAGAUGAUGUUCUUCGACAGGACAUGGUCCGUGGGUAAGGUGCUCGACAUGGUGGCGUCAGCAGGAAGCGUGGAGAACUUCAACAACCGACCAAACGGACCUUAUAAACUGUAUCUGUUCUCAUUGAAGACAGGAGCCAUCCUCAACUUCAGUUCCGCGUUGUGUGAUAUCGAGACGAAUGUGCUCGACACUGGUGACUGUAUCCUGCUAGAGAUGGUGGCCAACAAGAAGAAAUGA